GCCUCGAGCCUCUGGCGGCAACAGGCGCUGCGGCAGUCGCGUUUCUCACGCUGACUUGACUCUGACGCGAUACCGGCAGUCACCCCGCUGAAUAGCCGCACAUCGCUUGAUCCGUCAUGCAGACCGGCAAGCUCUUCGAUGUCACCGACAAGGUCGUCGUCGUUACCGGCGGCGGCAAAGGCAUUGGCAAGAUGAUCUCGACUGGAUUCGUGCGAGCGGGUGCAAAGGUCUACAUCACUUCUCGGGAUGCAAAAGCGCUCGAAGCAACGGCAGCAGAAUUGACGAAACUCGGUCCUGGAUCUUGUCACGCUAUCGCUGCCGACAUGCAAAAGUACGAUCAAGUCGAGCAGUUUGUUGCCGAGCUCGGCAAGAAAGAGAAGGCUGUACACGUUCUCGUCAAUAAUGCGGGCGCCAAUUGGGGCGCGGACUUGGAGGAGUACCCAGAUGCCGCCUUCACCAAAGUCAUGACGCUCAACGUCCAGCGAGUCUUCACGCUGACGCAGAAGAUGGUACCGCUACUACAAGCUGGAGCGAAGAAAGGUUCGGCGGCAGGAGGUGCGAAAGAACCUCCCUUUGACGAUCCGGCGAGGAUCAUCAAUAUUGGCUCGAUUGACGGAUUACGUGUUCCUUCACUGAACACGUAUGCCUACUCCUCAAGCAAGGCUGCGCUGCACCAUCUGUCGAGAGUGCUAGCCUCACAGCUAGGGCCGACUGGCGUGACGAGCAAUACACUCGCAUGCGGUCCCUUCGAAUCCAAGAUGAUGGCUGCCACGCUUGCAGCAGCAGGUGACGCUAUCCGUGAUGGCGUGCCCCUCAAGAGGAUUGGUUCUCCGGAGGAUGUAGCUGGCGCAUGUAUCUUCCUCUCCAGCCGAGCAGGUGCCUACAUCAACGGUGCAACGAUUCCGCUCGAUGGAGGCAUCGUCAUCUCGGCUAAGAUGUAAACAAAUGCAUGAAACAGACACAGCAUCGUAACCAGACUAGACCUGCGCACAGACACAGAC